AUGCCGCAAGAUGGUCGACGUGCUUCGGGUACUGAGUCCACGGGCCAGCCAAGCGAUGCAGCUGUCGACUACAAGACCGAAAACGCCAAAGCACGACCCACGUUUUGCAAUCUGAACCUGAAAGGUCACAACUGCGUGUGCCCCCAAGUCCGGGGAAUCACGCUGAUGCUGGUGCUGGCGCUUUACCUUGCCGAGGAAGGGCCCCCCCCCCCCCGUGGCGCGUGGCACAUGCCCCAGGCGGACCUCCCACUUCCCCUCGCCCCGCCACCUGCCAACCUAGUCAGCCGGGGGCGUGGAGCCGUACAGCCAGCAUCACCACCACUGGCCGUCAACCUGCCGCUGCCAUGA